GUCAACAGAGUUUAAGUGGGGUGAAAUAUAUUACCACAAAUCAACAGAUGAUUAGUUGGAAGACAGCACUUCUGCAACCAUACCAGCCUUUCUGCAUAUUUCUUAAAGUUGAUAAAUAGUAAUCUUAAAACAAAUGCCUUGCCUUUAUUAUAAUUUGCUAUACUCCAUCAUGAUAUGUUCAGCUGCUGCUGUUCACAGUACAUCUGCGUUAGUUGUGCAAGGAGUAAUCGGGCUGCCCAUUACCUUACCCUGCCACUACAGUAUUCCCACACAUGGGAGGACAAGUAUGUAUUGGGCAAAAAGACAGUGUGCUAUAGUUUAUGUAAGUUCUAGUUAUUCUUUCUUUACGACUGAUGGCAAUCAAGUGACUUCUGGAUCCUCAGCAAAAUACACAAUGACUGGUGAUAUACCCAAUGGUGAUGUGUCCUUGACUAUAAAUGAGCUGGUGAAAGAGGAUGAAGGAGAUUAUUGCUGCCGGGUAGAGAGGACUGGAUGGUUUAAUGAUCUGCGCACUGAUGUAACCUUAAAGGUUGAAAAAGGUGGAAUUACACAUCUACUGCAGCUUUUAGAUGUUUCUGUUAAUAAGUCGAUGAAGAAAGCUAUCCAUUGUAAAUGGAAUGAAUGGUUAAGUGACAGUAAUCACACAUAUACUGCUGGUGGCCGUAUGCAUCAACCAACAUUCUCAGAUCUUGCCAAAUGGGUUCUUGUGGCUUGGCAUGAUUUAGAUGCACAUAUAAUUCAACAAGGUUUCCUCAAAUGUUGUAUUUCAAAUAAUCUUGAUGGCAGCGAGGAUGAAAUUUUGUGGGAGGAUGAACAAGAGUCAUCAGAUGAAGAUGGUAAUGUUUAUUAUGAUGGCACCAAUAACAGUAGCAUUAAUUUGACAACACUAGAUGACCUUCUCACUAGUGACAUUGUUGAAAAUUCUCUCAGUUAG